CACRUCCCGCAUGGAGCGUCGCGCCUGAGCGAGCCGCAGCCAUGGAGACCGUCGUCAUCGUGGCCAUCGGCGUGCUGGCCACCAUCUUCCUGGCCUCCUUCGUGGCACUCGUUGUGGUCUGCCGCCAGCGCUACUGCCGCCCCAAGGACCCGCUGCACCACUACGACACCAAGCCCAUCGUGGACCUCAUGGGGGCCAUGGAGACGCAGUCGGAGCCCUCGGAGCUGGAGCUGGACGACGUGGUCAUCACGAACCCCCACAUCGAGGCCAUCCUGGAGAACGAGCACUGGAUCGAGGACGCCUCGGGCCUCGUCUCGCACUGCAUCGCCAUCCUCAAGAUCUGCCACACACUCACCGAGAAGCUCGUCGCCAUGACCAUGGGCUCGGGCGCCCGCGUCAAGUCACCCGCCAGCCUGGGGGACAUCAUUGUGGUGGCCAAGCGCAUCAGCCCCAGGGUGGACGACGUGGUGAGAUCCAUGUACCCGCCRCUGGAUCCCAAGCUGCUGGACGCCAGGACCACGGCGCUGCUGCUCUCCGUGAGCCACCUGGUGCUGGUGACGCGCAGCGCCUGCCACCAGAGCAGCGGCCUGGACUGGAUCGACCGCUCGCUGUCGGCGGCCGAGGAGCACGUGGCCGUGCUGCGCGAGGCGGCGCUGGCGGCCGAGCCCGAGCGCGCGCUGCCCGGCGCCGACGCCUUCCUGCAGGAGCAGUCGGCCAUCUGA